GACUCGCCUCCUUUUCUUCCCCUGCAAAGGCCACCGGCCUUGACUCGCUCGCCACUAGCCCGGCCAUGUGGUGAAGACGAUGUCUCUGUCCCGGCUGAACAGCUUUGCCAAUGGCUUCCUGGAGGACCCCUCCGGGAUGGAGGCCGGAGGGGCCGACAUCGCCCGGGUCCUCAAGUGCUUGGAGAUGGGCACCGUCCUGACUUUGUUCUACCAAAAGAAAUCCCAGCGGCCUGAACGGAGGACCUUCCAAGUCCGGCUGAAGAGCAGGCAGGUCGUCUGGAGCCGCACGCCCGAGAAGGUGGAAGGGGAUGUGGAUCUUAGGGAAAUUAAGGAGAUCCGACCAGGCAAGAAUUCCCGGGAUUUCGAACGAUACCCAGAAGAUGCCCGGAAGCUGGACUCCGCGUUUUGUUUCGUCAUCUUAUAUGGAAUGGACUUCAGGCUGAAGACAUUGAGUGUUGCUGCCUUUUGCGAGGACGAUGUCAAUCUCUGGGUGGCAGGCCUGAACUGGCUGGUGACGGACACACAGCGCUCGCAGACACCACUUCAAGUUGAAAGGUGGCUGAGAAAACAGUUUGACACGAUGGACAGAUCAAGAGAAGGCAGCAUCACACCCAAGGAUCUGAAGGCCAUGCUCCCCCAGGUCAACUACCGCGUGCCUAACAUGAGGUUCCUGCGGGACAAGCUUCUGGAGGUAGAAGUCCGCACCGAAAUUAACUUCAGCCACUUUGCACACUUCUAUAAAAACUUGAUGUUUGACGCCCAGAAAUCGAUAAUUGAACAGCUGGAAUUGUCCUUCCCUUUACGAAAUGUGGACAGGCCAGAACUCUGCCAGAUCACGUUGUAUGACUUCCAGAAGUUCCUGCAGUAUGAUCAGAAGGAGCCGUGGGCUAGUGACGUCGCCAAAGUCCGGGAGUACAUGUGCAGCUACCUGCGGGAUCCCUUCAGCGAUAUGACAGAACCUUUCUUCCAGCUGGAUGAGUUCCUGACGUUCCUGUUCUCCAAAGAAAACAUGGCCAUCGACUCCAAGUAUGAGCGGGUGGUACCAGAUGAAAUGAAUUACCCUUUAUCUCAGUACUGGAUCUCGUCUUCUCAUAACACGUAUCUCACGGGAGACCAGUUCUCCAGCGAGUCCUCCCUGGAAGCCUACGCCCGCUGCCUCCGGAUGGGUUGCCGCUGCAUAGAAUUGGACUGUUGGGAUGGUCCCGAUGACCUUCCGAUCAUCUACCACGGCCACACGCUCACCUCCAAAAUCAAGUUCUUGGACGUGUUGCACACCAUCAAGGAACACGCCUUCACCACCUCUGAAUUUCCCAUCAUCCUCUCCAUUGAGGACCACUGCAGUAUUGUCCAGCAGAGGAACAUGGCCGCCCACUUCAAGAAGGUUUUCGGGGACAUGCUGCUUACCAAGCCAGUGGACAUCAACGCUGACCAGCUACCCUCACCUGCUCAGCUCAAGAAAAAAAUCCUCAUCAAGCACAAGAAACUGGUCGAAGGGAACCUUUACGAAGAAGUCUCCAUGGCCAGUUACUCAGAGAAUGACAUCAGCAAUUCCAUCAAGAAUGGCAUCCUUUACCUCGAGGAUCCAAUUGACCACACCUGGAGUCCGCACUAUUUCGUUCUGACGAGCAACAAGAUCUAUUACUCUGAGGAGACGUCCCGCUACCAGUCUAACGAGGACGAGGAAGAGACCGAACAGAAAGAGGAGUUGAACAACAAUGAGCUGCACUUCAACGAGAAGUGGUUCCAUGGCAAGCUGGGCGGAGGCCGCGACGGGCGCCAGAUUGCAGAGAAGCUGCUGCACGAGUACUGCACAGAGACGGGGGGAAAAGACGGCACCUUCUUGGUGCGGGAGAGCGAAACCUUUGUGGGCGACUACACACUCUCCUUCUGGCGCUCCGGCCGCGUUCAACACUGCCGCAUCCAUUCCCGGCAAGAAGCCGGCACCACCAAGUUCUACCUGACGGACAACUUGGUCUUCGACAGCCUCUACAGCCUCAUCUGCCAUUACCGCGAAGUGCCGCUGCGCUGCAACGAGUUCGAGAUGCGGCUGACAGACCCCGUGCCUCAGCCUAACGCCCACGAGAGCAAGGAGUGGUACCAUGCCAGCCUGACCCGCCUGCAGGCCGAGCACAUGCUCAUGCGGGUGCCCCGGGAUGGCGCCUUCCUGGUGCGCAAGCGCAGUGAGCCCAGCUCUUACGCCAUCUCCUUUCGGGCGGAGGGCAAGAUCAAGCACUGCCGGAUCCAGCAGGAAGGGCGGCUUUUCAUGCUGGGCAGCUCGGCGGAAUUCGAGAGCCUCCUCGACCUGGUUAGCUACUACGAGAAGCACCCGCUGUACCGCAAGAUGAAACUGCGUUACCCGAUCAACGAGGAGACGCUGGAGAAGAUGGGCACAGCGGAAUUGGACUACGGAGCCCUGUAUGAGGUGCGGACCCCUCACUUCUACGUGGAAGCGAACAAGAUGCCCACGGCCAGGUGUACAGUGAAGGCCUUGUAUGACUACAAAGCCCAGCGGGAAGACGAGCUCUCGUUCUGCAAGCAAGCCAUUAUUCACAAUGUUGACAAGCAGGAUGGAGGAUGGUGGCGAGGAGACUAUGGGGGCAAGAAGCAGCUCUGGUUCCCUGCCAACUACGUGGAGGAGAUCAUGAACACCUCCGCGCCAGAGCAGGAUGAAGCUUCGGUAGAGAACAGCCCUCUGGGCAACUUCCUGAAAGGGUUCAUUGAUGUCCCUUCCUGCCACAUAGUUAUCUCCAAAGACGGGAGGAGCUCCAAACCAUUUGUCUUCACCAUCCAUUCCCAGCAGAUGACCCACCCAUCCCAAUCGCUGGACGUUGCCACGGACACCCAGGAAGAGCUCAACGACUGGGUGGCCAAAAUCCGGGAGGCCACGCAGAAUGCAGAUGCCAGGAUGCAGGAAGGGAAGAUCAUGGAGCGGAGGAAAAAGAUUGCUCUGGAGCUGUCAGAACUGGUCGUUUACUGCCGCCCGGUGCCCUUUGAUGAGGAAAAGAUCGGCACAGAGAAAGCCUGUUACCGGGACAUGUCCUCCUUCCCCGAGACCAAGGCGGAGAAGUACGCCAACCGCAGCAAGGGCAAGAAAUUCCUGCAGUAUAACCGCCGGCAGCUGAGCCGCGUCUACCCCAAGGGGCAGCGCCUCGACUCCUCCAACUAUGACCCGCUGCCCAUGUGGAUCUGUGGCAGCCAGUUGGUGGCCCUCAACUUCCAGACGCCCGACAAGCCGAUGCAGCUGAACCAGUCGCUGUUCAUGCUGGGGGGCCGCAGUGGAUACGUGUUGCAGCCGGACAUUAUGCGAGACGACCUCUUUGACCCCUUUGACAAGAGCAGCUUGAAGCACGUGGAGCCCAUCACUGUUCAGCUUCAGAUCCUAGGGGCCCGACACCUCCCCAAGAACGGCCGUAGCAUCGUUUGCCCCUUUGUGGAGGUGGAGGUCUGCGGCUCCGAGUUUGACAACAGCAAGAACAAGACGGAUGUCGUGGCUGACAACGGCCUCAAUCCUGUCUGGCUCAUCAAGCAGUUUGUCUUUGACAUCAACAACCCUGAGUUUGCCUUCCUGCGCUUUGUGGUCUAUGAGGAGGACAUGUUCAGCGACCCCAACUUCUUGGCUCAGGCCACCUUCCCCAUCAAGGGCCUCAAGACAGGUUACAGGUCGGUGCCGCUGAAGAACAGCUACAGCGAGGACCUUGAACUUGCUUCUCUGCUGCUCCACAUUGAAAUUGUCAACGCCAAGGAAGAAGAUGACGAGAACUUGUACUCCUCCAUCCAGCAAUUGCGCGACCGGGCCAACGAGCUCUCCAACCAGGUGUCCAGCUUCGAACACAGCAACAACGCCGACUCGCGUUAUCAACAGCGCCUGGACGAGCUGCGGGCGGCGCAAGAGAGGCUAAUGGAGCUGACGGAAGUGCGCAACAGGAAGUUGAUGGAGAAGAAGAAACGGGACCGGCAGUUGGCCAACAAGCGUAACUGAACCAAGGCUCCUGCCCCUGGCUUGCCCCUGCUACUGGGAGCCUGGAGCGGCCUCCCCCGUCUCCCCACGUAACCCCAGGGAGGCCUUUGAUACCAGCUCUUACCCAGACUGCUGCCCACGUCCAGCUGGCUGCCUGGUCGUGGGGCAGAGGCUACCGUGGCUGAUGCCACCACCGUAGUAGGCACGCGCUCCUCAGCAGUGCUGGGAAGCUGGGGCUUUGCUGGCCAUUUCUCCAUUGUAGUAAGCAGGCUGGCAAGAUGAACACAACAGCCUGCUCGGAGGGAGGCCAGGCCAUUCCCACAGGCCUCAUCACAGACAUUCAGUGUGAAUCACUCCAUUGAAAAGUUUGGUUGAGCUCAUUUUAAUCCAUAGCUUUUUCCUUCCACACAGACAGAGGAACCAGUUCUUUUUAAUUGAAACUCCCACGCACACACACACUUUCUUUUAGGGGGGCAACUUAUGGCAGUGGCAGAAGUCUCUAAUAUCACUUCCCCAGAGAGCUUCACCCCCACCCCACCCCCACACACAGUACAAACCUACACAGCUAGC